GGUUUCCUGCAACUGCACCGCGCGCACUACGUCGUCGAGUUGCAGUGCUUCCUGCACUUUUGAAAUGGGGUAAAUAUUUAUGGCGCUGAAGAGGGAAGGAAGGGAAAGGGACGGGGUGCAGCCGCGAAGGGCGAACCUUCGGCACUCAUCCGAGAGUCGACGAGUCGGAAAUCUGGAGAGGUUCGCGCGCUCUCGCGUUUCAGCGGACUGCUCUUUGUCGCUGCACCGGAACUGAAACUUUCUUCCUCACUUUCGCCGAACUUCAAGGGAAAGGGAGAGAGCGUGUCCAGCCGGCCAGGAUUUGCCGGUGAAAAAUGUCGGCCUUGAAAUUUCUGUGUGUUGUUACUUUGACCGGGUGCAUCGCGGGCGGCAGCGAGAGCGGAUUUUGCGCGGCGCCCGACGGGUGCACCGAGGAUUCGAGGGGAUGCCCCGCUCAGAACCGCUUCUCAGGAAAACGUUACAUCCUUUAUGACGUGAAUCCUGCGGAAGGCUUCAAUCUGAGGCGAGACGUGUACAUUCGCGUCGCUGUUUUUCUAAGGAGGCUAAUAGACAAGGAUAAGGAAUUCCAGUGGCGAUUGGUUCUGCCGCCAUGGGGCAAUCUGUACCACUGGCGAAGCAGGGACAUAGGAUCCCAGGAGCAACUACCUUGGGGCACCUUCUUUGACAUUGCGAGUCUGCAACGGUACAUACCAGUCAUGGAGAUGUACAAAUUUAUGGAAGAGUACUCGUGCGGGAGCAAAGAGGUGCAGCUUGAUCGUCUGUACAUCCUGCAAAACGACGAGGAAAUGUUCAAGACAGGUAAGUUCGAGAAUAAGAACGAGCUGGUGGACUGUGAUCGUGGCUCUUUGCGAUAUAACGAAUUGGAGCGGCAUUUGUACACCAGUCCAUUCUGGGGUUAUCAUAACGUCACCGCUCGGGAUGUCAAGUGCCUCAAGUUUCACGGCAUGGCACGUGACCUCUCUCAGAAUCUCGUACCACUGCAGUACAGAUCCGUAAUGUUUGAUCGCAUGGAGAUUGCUCUACAUGACGAAUACGGAUCUAAAGAAUACUGGAGGGCUCGGCGCAGCAUGCGUUAUAAUUCCGAGCUGUACGAUAUCGCGGAAAAUUAUAGGAAGGCUUCUCUGAAUUCCACAAACGCGAGUGAUAAUACGGAACGACCAGCAGACUGGACCAAAGAGAAGAAUCGGCGAGAUGCAAGAGGCGGGCCAUAUUUGGCGGUUCAUCUUAGGAGACGCGACUUCAUCAGGGCUCACAAGGCAUCGGUGCCGACAAUAAUGGAUACUGCCUUGCAAUUACAAAAAGCGAUGGAUAGGCUUGGGCUAACCCUAUUAUUUGUUGCGACAGAUGCAGAGCAAUAUGAGUUUGAUGAACUCAAGUCGUAUCUACCUCAGUACAAAGUCACGAAAUAUGUGCCAUCUGAUUAUGUGAUAAAUAAAUUUAAAGAUGGUGGAGUCGCAAUUAUUGAUCAAAUAAUCUGUUCGUAUGCCAGAUAUUUCAUGGGAACUCAUGAAUCGACGUUUACAUUCAGAAUACAAGAAGACCGAGAGAUAAUCGGUUUUUCAUCGGAGACCACAUCCAAUAAAUUAUGUAAGACUAAUGAGAAUUGCGCAAUAGAUGGAUUCUGGUCAAUUGUCUGGUGAUGUUCUACUUUAAUUUGUAAAUUUUCGGAAUUAGUGAUUCCUUUCUUCAUCCAUUCUAAUUUUAUUUGACAAAUAAUGGCUGAAAAACAAUUGCACGAGACAGUUUUUUUACAAACUUUUUAUCUGAAGCGAAAUGGAACACCAAAUAAGUACAUGUUACUGUACAUCAUUUAAGUCCACACUUGGAAACGUUUGGCGCUUGUAAAUGCUUUGCACAUGUACCUGUGCAUAUAAAGCGUGCUGUAUACAUUGCGAUAUGUAUCUUGUGUUGUAAUAUUGUUUUUAUCUGUAUUUUUAACUAGUUAACUAGUUAAACAUACAUAUUAAAAAUAUAUAACUCAAUUUUAUCAUAAUUAUUUUAAAUAUUACAUAGAUUUUUAUAUAU